GCGGAUCUCACAAUGACUUCACUUCCGAUGCAAAUUUGACGACUGUAAAAUAUUUUUUGUGCUGAUACAAAUUACGUUGAACUCACGAUUUUACACUCAGGAUCGUGUUUGGUGCUAUAAAAAUAACGAAGGACGAGUUGACUUAGGGCCCUGGGACCUGAAAGGAGGCUACAAUGUCCGCGGAACUGGACCUUUCACCUCCAGAGGUACCUGAACCCACUUUGCUUGAGAGCCUCCUGCGCUAUGGACUCUUUCUGGGAGCUAUUUUCCAACUCAUCUGCAUCUUGGCUGUCAUAAUACCCACCUCCAAGGGGCAUGAACAGGAGGAGAUGGAGCCAAAUGACAUGAAGGCUGGUGACCAGAAUAAGAAGUCGAAAGGACCUGCUCCUCAGAUUCGUCAGAAACUAAAGAAAGAGAGCAAGAAGAAGCGAUAAGUGUGUUGGAUUUGGUGCUGUGCAUCCAAAAUUAUUGUUACAUUUCAAAUUAUGUAGACUGAAUCAUUUUUGUUCCAUCAAAUUGAAAGGAUGUCUCUACCAUGAUUUAUGAAA